AUGGAUUCUCAGAAUAGUGACAGCAGUAAUGAGAUCCAUCUCGAUUUUCAGGCAGCUCUUCAGAAUUUUGGAGGGAGGAAAAAGAGUGUUGUGGUCACUAAUCCGGUCGUACCCAAAAAAAUUAGUGUGGUUCGAGUAGAGGACAAUAAUGAAAUAAAGCAAAUGGCUACAAAAGACACCUGCAGUAAGCAAAUGUCUGUCAAAGACCAAGAAAACCUUCACUUGGACAGACUAAAAUGUAGCAGUGCUUCUCAAAAAAGCCUUUUUUCUCAUUCUGAAACACAUACCCCUUCCACAGACAAUAGUCAUUGUAAUAACAACAGCCAUGAAGUACAAGAGAAUAAAGUAAUUCUCAGGGAGAAAAAAUCUAAAAGAGAGACAGAAGAUGAACGUAGGCAAAGACUAUCAGUCCAUAAGGAUGAAAUUAUGAGAGGUAAUGUGAAGGCGGCAAUGGAGAUUUUUGAAAAUCUAAGGAAGCGAGAGGAACUAAAGAUAAUUCUCUCAAAGGUAGAGGAAAUAGAAGGAGAGACGAGCAAAGUUGAUGUGAGAUCUUUGAAAAAUGUAUUUGAGAAUGUGCCAGCUUGGUUUGUUGCCCCUGGCAAAAAUGUAAAUGAGGGAAAAUCCAACAUGGAAAAGAAUGUUGAAAGGACAGACUCACUGAAAGAUUAUUCAGAAAGUACAUCCUCGGUGGAGGUUGUGUUCGGUGAUCUUGAAAGAGCAAGUGCAGAAAUAAUUAAUUUGAAAGAGCAAACGUUGGCUAGGCUUAUGGAUAUAGAGGAAGCCAUAAAAAAGGCCUUGUAUUCUGUGUCAAAUUUAAAAACAGAGUCUGAUAUUGCUGGGCUAUCUGGGCUCUUCAAUGAAUCCCUGAGAACAGAACAAAGUCCUGCCACACCAAAUAACAUAAGGAAGAUUAGUAUCGUUUCCAGCAGAACCAAAACAGAACAAGGAAGGGAAGCAUCAGGAACAAAUGCAAAGCAAACAACUGGGUUGUCAGGAAAAUCAGAGAAAGUACAAAAGCCAGUACUACAAGUACCCACGUCCAGACCACAAGCAGUUUCUCCCUCUUCUCCUUGCUUCAUCUCCAUUCAAUCUGCUGCCAGAAAACCUGUUGAGUCUCCUAAAACACCACGGUCUCAUUCAGCCACCACUCAUCAGGGAGCUGAGAGAACACAGCACAGUCCCAGUUCUCUUGAAGUUAACGGUGACCAUGGUCAGCCUUCGGCUCAUAAGGAGUCUGAGGGCGAAGUCAGCAGUACACUUCGCCCUAAGCGUAAAGUUAGCGUGCUAGAGGUACAGACAAUCCCAGAGGCUGCUGGAAUUGUGGGCACCAAGACUGUCAGUGAAAAAUAUGAAAAGACUGACUGCUUUGGCAACAAAUUUGUCUCCUCUACAACUUCAACAAUUGUUACUAAGCAAUCUGAAACUAAAACCUCAUCUACCUAUGAAGUAGUUGCCAACCCUACCAGAUAUGAAGUAAUGACAUCACCUCUUAUCCGGAGACCUGUUCACACUUACUCAGAAAAUCCACAAAACACAUGCAAAGAGGAAGGAAGGGUUUUUGUCACCUUUGGCCACUCAAAGGCAGGGAAACAUUAAUAUCACAUUCAGUGCAAUGCUCAUUCAGUGUUGCAGGAGGUUCUGGGUGAUUCCUUAAUGUUUUAUCACUCAUAGAUCCAAUGCUAUAUAUCUCCUGUUGUGCUUCUCAUGUAAUAUAGAUGUUUUAUCCACUGUGAUUUGUUCUUUUGUUUUUAUUAUGUUGUUAUUAUAGUAUUGUGUAUAACUAUUUUAUUUGAUUGCAUUUGUAUAAUUUCAUAAUAUUUUCUUCUAUAAUUACUGUAAAUGUAGGCUCCUUUUGUGUUAUGUACAAGUAACUUGUUGAUUAAUUAAUUAAUCCACAAACAAUUCACAUUUCCAAACAAUUUUUUUGAAAUGUAUAUUGUUGUAAGCAAGCAAUUAAAUAAAUAUGUUGCGCUGAA